AUGCAUCCCUUGUCGUUGAGCGUGGUGCGGUCUCCAACCCACCAUGUCUUUUUGUCUACAGUUCGGGUCCACCUUCCCAAAGCUGUCACGCGGAGAUGCUUCGCAACCCACGUCGGACCUUCCACUGCCACCGGUGAAUCUGGUCGCCACAAGGAGCGCGUCGUCAUUCUAGGUUCGGGCUGGGGAGGCUAUACCCUGUCGCGCAAACUAUCACCCAAAACCUAUGCACCCAUCAUUAUCUCCCCUCGCUCAUACUUCGUCUUUACUCCUCUCCUCACUGAUACGGCCAGCGGAUCCCUGGAUUUCUCUAAUAUCGUAGAACCGGUGCGGGACCACCACGCCAAAGUUGACUUUAUCCAGGCCGCAGCGCGUGCCAUCGACCUGAAGAGGAAAACAAUUCUAUGCGAGGCAACCGUCGUCAAGAGCGGGGUGACCGAGACGCCGCGGACGGAUGAUGAGCGACAAUUCGAGGAAGGUUCUCUGAAGCCAGCGGCCCAACGUCAAUGGGAACAAGGGGAGACAUUCGAGGUUCCCUAUGAUAAAUUGGUCAUUGCGGUCGGUGCCGUUAGCCGCACGUUUGGUACCCCCGGUGUGCGGGAGAAUGCGAUGUUCUUCAAAGAUAUCGGGGACGCCAAACGGGUGAAGCGCCGCGUACGUGAAUGCUUCGAGCUGGCCGUCUUGCCCACAACCACCCCGGAGAUGCGGAAGUGGCUGCUGCAUUUUGCUAUUGUGGGAGCUGGUCCCACUGGCACCGAACUGGCAGCAUCUUUGCGCGACUUCAUCUAUUCGGAUAUGAUGAAAAUAUACCCUGCUCUGGCAGGUAUUCCUCAAAUCUCGUUGUAUGACGUUGCGCCUUCAGUCCUGUCCAUGUUUGACCAGUCGCUCUCACGGUACGCGAUGGAGACGAUGAAGGCCGAGGGGAUUGACAUCAAAACAUCUCAUCAUGUCCAGAGUCUGCGCUGGGGGUCUCCAGGAGCUGAGCCGCCGUAUGAGAUGGACCCGAAACACUGCCUCACGCUCAAGACGCAGGAGGAAGGAGAAGUCGGCGUCGGCCUGUGCGUGUGGGUGACUGGAAACGCGAUGACCAACUUUGUCAACGAGUCAUUGGGGUCUAUCGAAGCCUUCCCGACGGAGUCGGCGCGUCUCAAGAAUGAUUCAUCCGCGAACAUGCAGUGGCACUACAAAAAGGCCCCCAAAACCGCCGCAUUGCUGGUGGACGGCCAUCUUCGCGUACAGCUGGAAAACGAAGCCGGCCACACAGCCGUGCUCCAAGAUGUCUUCGCACUGGGCGAUACCGCCAUGCCCGAGACUGGGGCGCCUCCCGCCACGGCCCAGGCCGCAUUCCAGGAAGCCAAAUGGCUCGCAGCCCAUCUGAAUCGCGAUGACCUAGCCCACACGCCGCCCUUCUCGUUCCGAAAUCUCGGCACACUGGCUUACAUCGGCAACGCGCGGGCGCUGAUGCAGAUCCCGCAUGAUCAAUCCAAUGGCAGCACGCGCAACAAGUACCUGCCCGAGGGAUUGACGGGCCGCACGGCCUGGUUGGUGUGGAACUCGGCGUAUCUCACGAUGAGCAUUAGCUGGCGUAACAAGUUGCGGGUUGGGUUUCGGUGGUUGUUGAACAAUUUGUUUGGGAGGGAUGUGUCGCGUUUUUAG